UUAGGCCGGCUAUAUUAACGGCAAGGACAAUUUUUGUUGCAACAGUAGCUGGAAAAAAUAAAUCAAAAUGUCAGCUGGCAUGCCAAUAAACCCCAAACCAUUUCUAAAUGGUCUGACCGGCAAGCCGGUGCUCGUGAAGCUGAAGUGGGGCCAGGAAUACAAGGGCUUUCUUGUCUCUGUCGAUGGCUACAUGAACAUGCAGCUAGCCAAUACUGAGGAGGUGAUUGAGGGCUCCGUGACCGGCAAUUUGGGAGAAGUGCUGAUUCGUUGCAACAAUGUUUUAUACAUAAAAGGCAUGGAAGACGACGAAGAGGGCGAGAUGCGUGAUUAGCGUACCUGUACAAGUAUAAGAAAGUAAUAAAAUAAAGUUGUAUUUAUUUUGUAAACAA